AUUGGCUGACGGACUGGUAGUCUGGCGAAUCCGCGCGCGGGAGAGCAGAUUUUACGUUGGUGUGAUAUCUGUGCACCACGUGGUGUCUGUGACUGUAGGACCUGCUCUGGCCGAAACACCGAAACACCUAAAGAGGCUCGCGGACGGAGAGAGAGGCAGUCAUGUCGCAGGUGUUGCCUUACGAGGAAAACAUAAGUCGGUACGGUAACGAUGGAGACGAGGAGCAAAUGUCUCUCACCUGCCGCCUGCACAACACCAACAACUUCUUCAGCUCCACACAGAAUAAAAGACCUCCAAAACUCGGACAGAUUGGACGGAGCAAACGAGUUGUCAUAGAAGAUGACAGACUUGACGAGGUGCUCCAAAACACGACGGAAAAGUCGCCGGCGAAAGUGUAAAAAAAAAAAAAUCAGCGAAGGACGUUUUUCAUGUUGGAACGCUCACCUCUGCGUGAAACGGCACUUUGCGGUGCUCUUCAGUAUGGGUUGAAUUUCACAGCACAGCACGUGAGGAGAGCAGCACCGGCGCAGGCUCCCACACGGAGAACGCUAAUGUCUGACCUACUGAUUCCUCCUGAGGGCAUGUUUUGAUCACUUAUUUUUUUCCCCCCCUUUAUGAGUUGAGAUCAGUCUAUUAUUGCUACUUGUUGAUCCUUAGUGGUAAAGGUACCGUUGUAUUGUGAGAAUGCAUUGAUAUUAAUAAGCACAAAUCACAGACUAAUGGUAACUGUUAUAUUUUGUCUUUUUUUCUCUCUCUCUCAUUCUUUCUCUCUAACAGCGCACUUUGUUUUUUCUUUGUGUAUCUAACAUUUUGUGCACAAUGGAACUGUGAAUUUCUUCAGUGACGUGUUUUUCACUUUAAGGAAAUCUCUUAUUAUAUACAUUUUUGCAGUACUAAAAGACUGAGCAAACGUUUUUAUAAACUGAUGACAGUUUUUUUAAUUAACUUUUUUGAUGUUGCUAAUCGUGACUUUUGUUGUUGCUGAACUGCCUGCGCAGCGUAAAAGUGAAUCGCUAACUUUUGUACGGAGAAGCAGUUUGUGAAACCGGCUUAUUUGUAGCUGUAGUUCUAGCACUUUCAGAUGUGGUCGCCACUCUCUGCUGUACAGGAUCUUUACGAUCACAAUUUGUGCCAAAUCUUGCAAAAGUAUGCCAGUCGAGGUGUGUCGCUGUGCUCUGCGUACUGUGAAAUUCUGCGAGCCUGGCCGUCCUGUCCGUUUCAGGGCUUUUCUAACUGCUUUUGCAUGAGACAGGCUGAAGUGCCUCGCUGUGUGGCAGUGAAACUGGUGUACUUACAGUAACUUUGGAAUGACAGACCUCAAAACUCUUGAAUAUUACAUAUAGUAAAUGUUGCACUUCUUACUGUUUAACAGGGCUACAUUGAUAAUGGAAAGUAUGACCAUCAAAAUGUGAAUAUACAAUAAAAUCAAUACAAAUGA